CCCCCCCCCGGCUGCAUCCACGCCCAUAACGGCUUCCACUGCGCCACCGGUGACUGCGGCGGCAAGAUAGAGUGCAACGGCGCCGGCGGAAAAACUCCGGCCACCCUGGCCCAGUUCAGCCUCCACCACGGCCACAACGACCUCUCCUCUUACGGCGUCAGCCUCGUCGACGGCUUCAACAUCGGCCUCACCGUCACGCCGCACGAGGGGAAGGGGGUCUGCCCCGUCGUCGGCUGCCGCGCCGACCUGCUCGCCACGUGUCCCGAUAACCUGCGUGUGACUUCACCGCACGGUGGUCACGUCGUUGCCUGCAAGAGCGGCUGCGACGCCUUUGGAACCGACGAGCUGUGCUGUCGGAACCACUACAAUAGCCCGCAGACGUGUAGGGCUUCGAGCUACUCCCAGUUCUUCAAGCACGCGUGUCCGUCGAGUUUCACGUACGCCCAUGACACGCCGUCGCUCAUGCAUGAUUGCUCGUCGCCACGCGAGCUCAAAGUCAUCUUCUGCCACUGAACAGGAUUGAACCGUCCUUUAUUCUAAACAUGAGUUUGGAAAAGAGAUAAUAAGAAAAAAGAAGUUUGUAGUUUAUGGGCUUGGUGUGGUUUUUUAAUUUUGCGUUAACCGUCCUUGAUUCUAAACAUGAGUUUGGAAAAGUGAGAAUAAGAAAAAAGAAGUUUCUAGUUUAUAGGCUUGGUGUGGUUUUUUAAUUAUGCGUUAAGAAGCGUGUUUAUUAGCUUUUGUAUGUUGAGAUAGAUCGGUGUGUCUGCGUAAUGUGUAAUGUUUCGUGUUGCUGCUUAUUAUUCAAUGUCAAUGCGCAAAGACAUGGUUUUGUGUAA